CAUUUCUGUUGAACACAACUUUUUUAACAGUACUGUUGCAUUGCCCCCAAUCUGGGCGAAGAUGUUCAAGUGAGCCAGCUAGCGCGCUACUGUAGCACGACGAAAUUGCGAGUUAAAAGUAUUUGUUUAUGGAUAGCAUAAUACGAGUCAGUGAGUUUUAUCGCUGAAAUCUUUUCAUGGGGAUCGGUUUUGUGUUUAAUCGCAUGAAUCGAAGUCUCGAGCUUGACAUCUUGAACAAUCAUAAACGCUAGCCAGCUAGUUGACUGCCGCGGCAUUCACGCCAAUGUUGCAGUCACUGAGUGGCUAAGAAAAGCUAACGGUUUAUAGAUUGCAGAGACAGACAGAUGUUUGGUCCGUGCACAUCUGUUUAGAAUGACGCGGAAGCCUGGUAAUAUUUCGUCAAUCGGAUAUUCUUGCGUUACAAAGGUAAUCAAGAAGGGAACAUUAUUGAUCUCUCGCGUUACGGUGGCGGUGACAUAGGAGCUUGAACCACUUACACUCCCUGGAGACUGCUCUGUUGAAGUGCUGGUCGAUGAUUAGCAUUAUACUUGGCAUAUUAGGGGGGACACGAUCGUCGCAUUGCCUCUUGCCAAAUCCAUCUUGCUAGUGUCCAAUACUAAGAAGUGACGAGAUGAGCUUCAACAACUCCAGACCCUCCAGCUCCUCCAGCUUCUCCUCUACCUCAGCUGCAAGUGCCCGUGAUGAUGACAGCACCAGUCUCAGACAGCAGAAGCUGGAGAAGCAGAGGGCGCUGCUGGAGCAGAAGCAGAGGCGGAAGCGCCAGGAGCCGCUGAUGGUGCAGCCCAACCCGGAGGCGCGUCCGCGGCGCUCCAAGCCCAGGCGCGGCGAGGAGCAGGCCCCCCUCGUCUCGUCACGUCUCAGCAACACCAGCGACGUCAUCAUGGACGGCAUCGAUGGUCCUGCUGCCUUCCUGGUGCCAGAACCCCCAGACCUGGGUACCAAGAUCCAGAUCCUGUCAGUGAGCCAGCCCCAGCCCCAGCCUCAGCCCCUGUCCCAGCUCAAGCCUCAGUCCCCCCCUGCGGAUGAGCCAGAAAGGGAUGGAGACACAGAGACACUGCUGGAGCCCAAGACAGACAUCCAUGAGCUGCUGCAGAAAAGAGAGGCGUGGGACUGCUCUCUCAGCUCUCAGCCCUCCCCCUCCGAGGCUGGCCCUGCCCGUGAUAGGGUGAACCAGCUGAAGCCCUCCCCCUCCGAGGCUGGCCCUGCCCGUGAUAGGGUGAACCAGCUCAGGUCCAACCCUGAGGAGGAAGGGCCAGAGGGGUCAGGGGAGGGCCCAGAGCGCCCCCUGUCAGCCAGGGUGAAACUGCUUCAGUCAGGGCUCUCUGGCAGCAUGAACUACGACGAGGCCAGCGGAGAUGAGGGAGAUGAGGAGGAAGAUCGGACUCGGUCCCUGUCCCCGAACACAGAGUCCACCAGGCCGGCGUCAGCCUCCAGCACCAAGUCUAACACAGAGUAUGUCACCACAGGUUCUCCCACAGCAGAGAGCCCCCUGAUUGAGGUGGACAACCUGGAGGAGUUUGUGCUGCGUCCUGCCCCUAGGGGCGCCACGGUCAAGUGUCGCAUCACCAGGGACAAGAAGGGCAUGGACCGAGGCCUGUACCCUACCUACUUCAUGCACCUGGAGAGAGAGGAUGGCAGGCGGCUGUUCCUGCUCGCGGGGAGGAAGAGGAAGAAGAGCAAGACCUCCAACUACCUGAUCUCCGUGGAUCCCACGGACCUAUCACGCGAGGGAGAGAGCUUCAUGGGGAAGCUAAGGUCCAACCUGAUGGGGACCAAGUUCACGGUGUAUGACAACGGCACCAACCCCUGCAAGAACCCUGGGACCCUUCUGGAGGAGAGCAACACACGGCAGGAGCUGGCGGCCAUCUGCUACGAGACUAAUGUGCUCGGGUUCAAAGGUCCACGGAAGAUGACCGUCAUCAUCCCUGGUAUGAACAUGAACUUCGAGAGGGUCCCUGUCCGCCCCACCAGCGAGCAGGACAGCCUGCUGAGUAAGUGGCAGAAUCACUCCCUGGACAACCUGAUCGAGCUGCACAACAAGGCCCCGGUGUGGAACGACGACACCCAGUCCUACGUGCUCAACUUCCACGGCCGCGUCACCCAGGCCUCCGUCAAGAACUUUCAGAUCGUCCAUGACAACGAUCCGGACUACAUCGUCAUGCAGUUUGGCAGAGUGGCCGAGGACGUGUUCACCCUGGACUACAACUACCCCAUGUGUGCCCUGCAGGCCUUCGCCAUUGGCCUGUCCAGCUUUGACAGCAAACUGGCCUGCGAGUGACCACACCGCCCCACUUCAGCAUGAUAACCCCCCCCCCCCCCCCCCCCCCCAUACACACACACACUCGCCUCCUAUCUCUCCACAGGACUGGGUGCCUGACCAUUCCCCUGCUUCGGGGCUCAGACACAGAUUCCCUGUACCGUUGACCAGCUGUAGCUGUACUUUGCCUCGGAAAGGAAAACCAUGAACUCUGCUCGCCUUCCUGCUAAUGACAUGUCCUCCUAACACCACUCCUCUCCCUGUCAGCGACUUGUCAAAUCAUGACAGUCAAAUCAAACUGACCAAGAGGAGGGGGAGAACUUGGGUGAGACGCGUGUGGGCCACUCGGAUCAACAGGAACCAUUAAACUACCACUGCACCAAGAGGGGAACUUAAGGCUAUGACGCCUUUGUUUCUAUUUGUAUUUAAGCAAUGCUUUGUGUUUAAACAAGUUUGUACUUGCAGUUUUACAAUUUAGUCAUUGUUAAUUGGUGAAUGUGUAUAAAGGGAAAGAGGACACAGUCCCCAACACUCCAGUGAAGGUGAACUCAAGCACAGAACAUGCCUCAUCACUCACAUCACACGGUAUUAGAUUUGAAUGACUUGCUGCCUGGAAAUUACCGUUGCAUUAUAUUUUGUGGCAGAUUGUUUUUAAUGUUGCUUUUAUUGCCUUCCUUCGUUUUUGUGCUCUUGCAUUAAUGUCACAGAGAUUGUGACCAUGUCGUUGAUUUCUGCUUUAAAAAAAAAAGUAUCCAUGACAUUUAUAUCCUUUCAUAUCCAUUUAAUACUUUCUUAUCACUACAGGUUCCUGUUUAAUCUGAGCAGAUUAUUACUUAACUACAAAUAUCUGUGUUUGUGUUUUAGUGAAGUGUCUAUAGUUUUUCUACAUAGCAUGGUACUAUAACGUCACAGAAAAUUACUAUGUUUAAACCAUGCAGGAAAACAAAUGGAGUAGUUCCGGAGAGAUAAAAGGAUUUAUUUUAUCGUUUAUGACAUAAUGUUCACUUUCCUAUGAACUGAAAAUGUUACAAAAUGUCAACUAAAUGUCAUGUUAGGACAGGAAGAGAAUAUAAUGGCCUAUACUAAACCUUCGCCAAAAUAAAUCUACCCAACCAUUACAAAUGAUAUCAGAUUUCAUAAUACGACACAAUACUGUUGAAAUAAUAAA